AUGCAGCUGCUCGAUCGGCUCACUGCUGUCGUGAUGGCUGCGCUCGACAGACUGAUGAACAGGCUCGGCGACAUCCUCGACCCAGUCAUCCGCUGGUGUGGCCCGCUGAUGGUUGCGCUUGCUGCCGCGCUCAUUGUGACGAUUCCGUCGGGGUACACCUGGGUCAUUGCGCCAAACACGGUGCUCAAGUUCAGCCAAACAACCCACGACAACGACGACUUCUUCUGGUCGGCGUGGCUCGGGUGGCUCGCGCACUGGCUGCUGCUGCUCUGGGCAAUGCCAAACCUCGUCUUCAACUUUGCCAUGAGCGUCGGAGUCUCGCCCGGUCGCGUCUCGGCAGUCGCCAUGUCAUCGUCGGCAUCGUCGGCAUCGUCGUACAUUGCGCAGACAGACCUCAAUUCGUCCGCCACUGCUUGCGUCGGACACCACAAUCACGUGUACUUUGUGCUGUUUCUGGCGUAUGUGACGAUUGCCUGCAGCUACAUUUGCGCGGCAUCGUCUGGACCGUUUAUGGUCUGCUUUGAUUCACCGAACCCGCCCGAAUACCCUGAUAAUGCUCGAGGUAUCGUCCUGUACACCUUCUCGGCGUCGUUCGCCGUCGCGGUUGCUGUGGGGGCGCUGUUUGUUUGGCAGUUAUACUUGGUUUCGACCGCGCAAACAACGAUCGAGUACCAUCGGAACAACGACCUUCGAGCCGAAUUGAAGCGCAUGGGCAAGGUGAAGAGAUACCACCCGACGCAAUGA